AUGAGGACGCCAUAUACCUGCAGACAAUGUCUGUCGCUAGUCAAGACGUCGAGAUCUCAAUUACGGCCGUCGCAGGGCCUUCGCCAGCUCGCGCCCAAGGUGUCGUCGCAACGGAAUCACUCCACCAAAAGUCCAGCACCGCCAAAGCUCGCCCUGCCCAAGCGUAACCUCUCCACGACGCCGAACCGGGCCUUUGAGAAGCCGUUCGAACCAUUCGAAUACAUUGACCCAGAGGGUCAUCGACGGAAGCUGGUCCUGACCGAGGACAACCUUUUUAACUCUUUCUCCGAUUCACCUAUACCCGAAAUACGCAAACGUGCUGCGUUUAUGCGCCAGCAUGCUUACUGUCCACACCCCUCGCAUCAGCCGACACGUCCGGCGAACAACCCCAUGGACCUAGAGGCACGCAAGUCAUCCGAGACAGGCGCUCCACCCGCCCAUGUAGAUUUCGAGUGUCCAGACUGUGGCGUACCAGUAUACUGCUGUGAAGAGCACUGGGCCGACGACUACGAGGCGCAUCUGGAGGUCUGCGACGUUUUGAAACAAAUCAAUGAAGACGACCAUGAUCUGAGAAGUGGACGUUUCUUCAAGGAAUUCCAAUUUGCGGAGCCCCAGAUGGAGGAGAUUCUGGUCAACAUGACAAGUUGGGAUACAUACAUGUACACCCGAGACUUUGACGCCCUGAAUGAGGACCGAGAGAUGCGCCAGGCGACGAAGCUGUUGACAUACCCCAUCACGAUCGCGAGUGUUCUGAAUGAGUUGAGUCCCUACAACAUCCGGAAGAACGGGCGCAUGACACCCGAAGGGUUGAAGAGCUUCAGCGCCCUCCGUCACACCCUCCACCCACCGCGAACAGGUGGUGGAGACACCUGGAAGAACGCCCGCCUUGCUCCUCCAUCCGUUCGCCUCUUCAUUCUCGGCGCACGCGCAGAAUCCUCCCUACCCCGCGAAACAUGGAUGCAACUUUCCUACCUUUUCCACCGCGUACAAUUCUCCCUUAACUUCAUCGGCCCUGAGAGUAUGGCAAACCGCGAGAAGGAACUACCGCUGCCCGAACGCACUCCUCUCAACCCCUUCGGUGCUGUUGUCGAGGACCGCAUCAGCAACUCCUUGAAGAUCAGCACCUUCGUCGAGUACUACCACAACAUCCACAAGACGGGCUACUUUUACCCGUACGAUCCGUACUUUGACUGCUUCGUCGUCUUCCAUCCCGGUUUCGGCAACCCAGCCUCCGCGCACGAAUGGGAGGAGACGCUACCCCUUCUCCUCGAGACCAAGGUUCCUAUCAUCGCAACCGGGUACAGCCCAUGGGACAUGCAGCAGGAUGUCGACUUCCUGAACAAGAGGUUUGGCAAUGAGAUGGACAUGUUGCUUGAGCCGGGUGAGAACCUGUUCAGGAGUCUGAGGUGGGACCUGAAUGACCUGGACCCACAUGACGUUACCUGCAGCAACUGGGGUGUGUAUGCUUUCCGUGGUAAGCGGUACGAGACCACCAAGAAGGAUGAGGAUGAGGAGGUGCACAGCGAUCGCACAGCAUGA